AUGGAGGCUUGUACGCAGAACCACGGCGGGGACUACCACACCCCCACCUCCAAAUCUGGAGCAAAGAACAUUGCCCUGGGUGGGGGAAGGUGGGCUAAGGAGAAAAAGGACCUCUGGCUGGAGAUGUCCAGGGAUGAAGGUUCAGCGACUCCACUUGCCUCUCCUCUCAUUUCUUUCGGAAAGCGGAAACCAGACGACCCAGCAGCCACGGGCCGAGCCGCCCCAACUCAACCCCAGCAGGACGCUGGAGGGGCCUCCCUCGCCCUCCUCUCUUCGCCGGCGCUGGCCUCCCGCACCCGGGUCUGCAGUCCCUCCGCCAUCUCGCAGGAGUUGAGGCGCCUUGAAUUUUCCUUCGCGAGUUUGGAGACUAGCCGAUUUUUCGUGAAGCAAGCAAAGACCGCGGUCCCGGAUCCUGCAACAUCCACCUUAUUCUCUCCAGGCCUCUCCACUUGCCCGAGCUCUCAGCCACCAGGAGACAGACGGAAGGGGCUUCUGGGCUGUGUUGGGAGCGGGCACUGUCCCCCACCCACUCCUGCUCGGUUUCCCAAAGUCCAGCGACCUCCGACCCUCCUUGGGGGGAAAAAUACCAGUACCCAGACACCUCUGCACCCUGUUAUAUGACUGGGCUUGCUUCGGUAAUAUCUUACAAAGAAGAAGAAGAAGAAAGAACGGCUUGGAGUCAUGUUUACAUCUAGUUCUACUGAUCCGUUCACAUCUGGAGAGUUUAUUUAUAACUCCCUCUAUAAUUCUCUGUUUGGAGGCACUGGUGGCUCUAUUGACAGACUGAUGUCUAGGAAAUAUUGCUCUACGUCUAACCGUACCUAAAUGUGCUGUGGUUGUAUUUACAGAUUUAUGUUUGAGGGAAAUAUAAUUAUUUCCAUUGUAUUUGUGCAUAUACUGUAGUUAUAGGAGCAGAUUUAUAUAUGGGAAAAUAUACGACUCUCUUACAACCA